UGUAAAGACACACCGGAAGUCUCACUGCACAGCGAAGAAGAAGCCCAUGACGUCAUCAAACUGCGUUACGGAAUGCGCUAGAAACACGCGUGUAGUGAAAUGUUGCUCUAAUAGUGGACUAUGAGUGAAUAACAGACGUAACGACACGGGGAAGUUUUUUUUAAUUUGUAUUGGGAAAAUGGCAUUGUUUCAGAUAAAAAGGUAUCUUGGAGAUGAUGAGGACGGGAUUACUUCAGAUGAGGACGGGAUUACUUCCAAGGAGGCCCGCUCCCUGAAGUUACUCGCCAAACUGAAUCAGAAGGCGAAAAAGAAGCAGAAGUGUUUACCAGACCAGACACCGCAGCUUUCUGACAAAAAUGAAGGGAGUGUUGAUCGUCCAGAGACAAAAAAGGCUGAUGACAGCAGACAAGAAACCCUCCGAUCUAAAAAACGGAAAUCAGACGCUGUAAUAAGUAAUUCAGAACAUGAGGAUAAAAAGAAAAAAAAGAAGAAGAUUAAAGAUGGAAAUGAAAAGCAGAAUCUUCCAUCAGGAAGUACAGUUAAUAGCCCUUCAGAUGGAAAUGAAAAGAAUUGUCCGUCGGGAAGAGCCGUUAUAAGCCCUUCAAAGGGAAAUGAAAAGCAGAAUUGUCCGUCAGGAAGUGCAGUUAAUAGCCCUUCAGAUAAAAAUGAAAAGCAGAAUUAUAAGUCAGGAAGAGCAGUUAAAGGCCCUUCAGAUUCUCCUGUCACUGUAAAAGAGACAAAAGAUGAAAGGCCAGAAUAUCAAAUCCAAAAAGAGGACAAAAAGAAGACUUCUGUUCCAUCUGGAAAUGAAAAGCAGAAUUGUCCGUCAGGAAGAGCAGUUAAAAGCCAUUCAGAUGCUCCUGUCACUGUAAAAGAGACAAAAGAUGAAAGGACAGAAUAUCAAAUCCAAAAAGAGGACAAAAAGAAGACUUCUGUUCCAUCUGGAAAUGAAAAGCAGAAUUGUCCGUCAAGAAGAGCAGUUAAAAGCCAUUCAGAUGCUCCUGUCACUGUAAAAGAGACAAAAGAUGAAAGGACAGAAUAUCAAAUCCAAAAAGAGGACAAAAAGAAGACUUCUGUUCCAUCUGGAAAUGAAAAGCAGAAUUGUCCGUCAAGAAGAGCAGUUAAAAGCCAUUCAGAUGCUCCUGUCACUGUAAGAGAGACAAAAGAUGAAAGGACAGAAUAUCAAAUCCAAAAAGAGGACAAAAAGAAGACUUCUGUUCCAUCUGGAAAUGAAAAGCAGAAUUGUCCGUCAAGAAGAUCAGUUAAAAGCCAUUCAGAUGCUCCUGUCACUGUAAAAGAGACAAAAGAUGACAUGACAGAAUAUCAAAUCCAAAAAGAGAACAAAAAGAAGACUUCUGUUCCAUCCGGAAAUGAAAAGCAGAAUUGUCCGUCAGGAAGAGCAGUUAAAAGCCAUUCAGAUGCUCCUGUCACUGUUAAAAAGACAAAAGAUGAAAGGACAGAAUAUCAAAUCCAAAAAGAGGACAAAAAGAAGACUUCUGUUCCAUCUGGAAAUGAAAAGCAGAAUUGUCCGUCAGGAAGUGCAGUUAAUAUCCCUUCAGAUGGAAAUGAAAAGCAGAAUUUUCCAUCAGGAAGAGCAGCUAAAAGCCCUUCAGAUGCUCCUGUCACUGUAAAUGAGACAAAAGAUGAAAGGACAGAAUAUAAAAUCCAAAAAGAGGACACCAAGAAGACUUCUGUUCCAUCUGGAAAUGAAAAGCAUAAUUGUCCGUCAGGAAGAGCAGUUAAAGGCCCUUCAGAUGCUCCUGUCACUGUAAAAGAGACAAAAGGUGAAAGGACAGAAUAUCAAAUCCAAAAAGAGGACAAUAAGAAGACUUCUGUUCCAUCUGGAAAUGAAAAGCAGAAUUGUCCGUCAGGAAGUGCAGUUAAUAGCCCUUCAGUUGGAUAUGAAAAGCAGAAUUGUCCGUCAGUUUCAGGAAGUGCAGUUAAUAGCCCUUCAGAUGCUCCUGUCACUGUAAAAGAGACAAAAGAUGCAAGGACAGAAUAUCAAAUCCAAAAAGAGGACACAAAGAAGACUUCUGUUCCAUCUGGGUUCAUGCUUUUGGGAGGAUAUGAGAACAAACGAGUCAAUAAGGUGGAAAGAGUCUUGCCUCAGUGGCUUGCUAAACCUGACGUUUUUCACAGAGACAUUAAAAGCAAACUGCUGCCUAUCUCUGACAUCGGAGGAUUGUCUGCGCCGCUGCUAAACAGCCUAGAGAAAAAUGGAAUUGAGCAUUUCUUUCCAGUACAAGCAGAGGUUAUCCCAGCCAUCUUGGAGAGUACGCAUCAUGGGGCGCUGAUUGGACGAGCCGGCUUCAAGCCAAGAGAUUUUUGUGUUUCUGCUCCAACAGGCAGUGGCAAAACGCUAGCUUACGUCAUCCCUAUUGUACAAGUGCUGAUGGAGAGGGUGGUGUGUGAAAUACGUGUCUUGGCUGUGCUACCUACGAAAGAGUUGGCUGAACAGGUUUGCAACGUUUUUUCGACAUAUGUUCUGGAAACCUCACUGAGCGUGGUCAUGCUGGCAGGUCUGAAGUCCUUUGCAGCUGAGCAGAAGUUACUUUCUAAAAUGAGAUGUGGCCAGCGAAGGAGUUUGGCUGACAUUGUUGUGGCCACUCCCGGUCGACUUGUUGAGCAUAUCAACCACAACUCAGACUUCUGCCUGGAUCACCUCAGAUUUCUUAUAAUUGAUGAAGCAGACAGGAUGAUUGACAGCAUGGAUCAUUUUUGGCUCAGUGAGGUAAUGAAGGCAGUGUACAGGAAGACAAGUGGACCAGAGAAAAUGUCCAUCUUCACGAGAAGAGAACUCUCAUAUGUCACAGCUGCUUGUUUGUCUCCUCCUCAAAUGCCACUUCAGAAGCUGCUGUUCUCUGCAACACUCACCAAAAACCCAGAGAAACUGCAACAGCUGGGCCUUAACCAGCCCAGGCUUUUCAGUUCUGCAAGUUACAGCAACAAUGCUCAGCCAGUUGUUGGCGGCCAUAAACACGAGCCCUUUGAUUUCCCCCCAGGACUGUCGGAGUUUUAUGUGCCUUGUACGCUGAGCAAAAAGCCUCUCAUCAUCCUCCAUUUCAUCUUGAGACUGAAGCUCAGCCCCAUUCUUUGUUUUGCCAAUUCCAGAGAGACUGCUCACAGACUUUACCUGCUCAUCAAGCUCUUUGGUGGCGUUCAAGUGGCAGAGUUUUCCUCCCGGCUGCCUCCCCACAAGAGAAAGGCAACACUGAAGGCAUUUGAACAGAAAAAGAUCCACCUGUUGAUCAGCACAGAUGUAGCUGCCAGAGGUAUUGACGUCACAGGGGUCAAAUGUGUUGUCAACUACGAUGCUCCGCAGUUCAUCAGGUCGUACAUUCACAGAAUUGGAAGAACGGCAAGAGCUGGAAAAUCUGGCCUGGCCUUCACCUUCCUGCUUGGAAUACAGGAAAACGACUUCCUUCACAUGGUGGCUGAAGCGGGAAGCCCAGGCAUCCAAAAGCAGACCAUUAGACCUUCAAACCUGAGGAGUAUGGAAGACCAAUAUGAACAAGCAUUACAGAAGCUCGCUUCUGUAAUUAAGGAGGAAAAAUAUUAUCAAAGAUGAUGCAGCCAUUUUUAUGAGGUGACAAGGAUAUCAGCAAUAAAUUGUCAUCACUGCCAUAAAACUAUGUUGAAUAAAAGUAUUUUAAUUUUUAA